AAUGACCCCGAAAAUAUAAGCCAGUGUCAAACCAACCACCAAGUUGGAUUUCAAGGGUGUGUCAUCGUGCUUGGGAGCUCUCGGAGGUUCCCCGGCCCCCUCGGCGCCGGCUACGUCCACCGACGAUCUCUCUCACCAGCAAUUCAAUAUUUUUCCCGCGAUUUUCUCGCGUCAGCUCAAUUUUAACGCUUGUCCGCAAUCCAAAUCGAUGAUGGACGACUUGAGACCGAAUCUGGUCGGGGUGGGGAACCUCCUCGGGGUGCAGGGACUGCUAGACGAUCACCACCAGCACCUGAGCAACAAUGACAAGACCGCGAGGAAGUGUAACACUAGCGGAUCGUCUGCAGAAGAUUUUAACGUAUUGUAUGGGGGUUUGUCGCAUUCCCACGACCACCACGGUAGUCACACGCCAGCCCAUACACCCCCCACCACCGCGAGGUCGAUUGCAGACCACACGGAUGGAGCAUUUAAAAAAUUGAAGCCGGAACCAUCCGCCCAAACUUCGAGCACCAGCUCCAUAGGGGCUGUAUCGCCGGGCGGACCUUCUCACGCCGGUCACACACCCACCACCGCCUCGUGUCCCACCCCCGCGCGGAGGCGGCACCGGACGACGUUCACGCAAGAGCAGCUCGCUGAAUUGGAGGCAGCAUUCGCGAAAAGCCACUACCCCGAUAUUUACUGUCGCGAAGAGUUGGCCAGAAGCACGAAGCUCAACGAAGCUAGGAUACAGGUAUGGUUUCAGAACAGACGGGCCAAAUACCGCAAGCAGGAAAAGCAGCUCCAGAAAGCGUUAGCCCCGAGCGUUCUGCCUGGAUGCAACGGCGCCAUGAUGAGGAACAUCUAUCCGGGGGCGGCGCGCGGUUACCAGCCCUACCCUCACCCCACCGCCAUUAACAGAUACCCCCAGAUGACCACCAGUUCUUAUCCGGGCAUGGCGCAGUCGUUUUCUAUGACCCACACCACGAACAUGACGUCAGUGGCGGGUAUGAGGCAGGAGGCAAUGAGCAUGAGUCCCGAGGACGAGUGGUACAACAAGAGUCUCUCUGCGUUGCGAAUGAACACCACUCAUCACCCCAAUUUAGCGGCACCGAUGUUGCAAUACCAGACGUAAUAGAUGGCAACCCCAUAUACGCGAAGUUUUUAAGUAGCUGUUUUCUAAUUUACCACAUACCAAAGACCGUCGUUCAUUUGAAAAGUAUCCGCGCUCGCGCGGGAGAUUUGAACUCGAUACGAAGAGAUUCUUAAUUAAUUGUAUUUAUUCGUGACUUGUAAUAUGCAGAGUGCUUCAAAACAAAUGCAAAACAAAAUUAAGGGCGGUACGGUAACGAGUGAACAAUCACGUUAGGAUCGAGAUAUGGUGAACAAUGAAGCGAUGAAAAAAUUAAAAUCUAAUGUUUCCACCAUUUUUGUACCGUGAGAUGCUUAACUUUUGACCCUUAAGACUUAACUAUUAACAAACCAUCACUAAUUUUUGCAUUUGUUAUUGGAUCACCCUUAUUAAUAUAGGUAUAAUAAAUUCAGUAAUGUGAAUUGGCAGGUUUUCCUUUGUUUGUGAUGAUUGAAACAUUGUUGUAAAUUCUUUCCGACAACGACGGAAGCUUGAACGGUACAAUUCCUAAUACAAAAGUACACAUUUUCUAUAGAUAUUUUCUUUCAGCAUUUCGGGUGUUGCUGGGAAGAUCGUUUCAUCUUAAUCAAUUCUUUGUUUCAUUGGUUUGGUCUUCCAGUGCCAUCUCUUGUAUGGUUACUUACUUAUUUACAUAGAAGUUGUCUGUAAUAUAUAUUUAUUGAUUCGACAGAUAAAUUGAACCUGUACAUAUACGGUUUCAAAACUUGUAUAAAGAUACUGACAAACUCUCUAGGACCCUAUCCGAGAUAAAAACAAACCAAGUGGAUUUUACUGUUGAUGAUUGGCGUAAUAUAGUACGACAAAAUAAACGUAUGUAUAGGGCUAAAGACAAAAUACAACUUGUGUGUACCAUUGCUUAGUGUUAAAUAUUGAAUUUGUCUCCGGUUUAGAUUAAACAAA